AUGUCUAGAAACACAGAUAAAAAGUUCAAAACAUUCCGCGACUUGAAUCGUGGGGACGACAGCAGUGACAAUGAAGAUGAAAAGAACUUGUUCACUGGUGGCGAAAGAUCGGGCCUUGAAGUUGAAAAACCUCCUGAAGAUCAAGCUAGAUCGCUUGUCCAACAACUUCUCAAUCAGGCAGCUCGAUCUGCAAACCUCCCAGAUACACGUCCAGGUGCUGGUCAAGAACCCUCGACAUCUGGGAGCUUUGCAGGUAGCGGGUACCGUUUGGGGACCGAAAAUGCAACAAGUGAAGUGAUUCCAGGCCAACAACCAUCACAAAGCUUAGAAAAAGUCACACGUACAUGUACUUUCUGGAAAGAUGGGUUUUCCAUCGAUGAUGGCCCAUUGUAUCGCUUUGAUGACCCAAAAAACAAAAGUUAUAUGGAGCAAAUGAGGCAAGGGAAUGCUCCAUUAGAUUUGUUCAGGGUCAUGCCAGGUCAAAGUGUUGACAUCAAUCUUAAACAUAAUUCGGAUCAAAAUUAUAAGCCUCCAAAAUCUAAGCAAGAUAAAUUCAGUGGAGAAGGUUUCAGACUAGGCUCACCAGUGCCAGGUGAUGUUAUUACAGAUUCUUCUCGGUCAUCUGGAAAGGAGAAACUUGUUCCUGAAUCAUCAUCAUCAUCAUCAUCAUCAGAAAGUAAUAAGGACCCAAACGUGGAAAAUGAAAAUAAAACAACAAUCCAAGUUCGUUUGGCUGACGGCCGUAAAUUGAAGGUGGUUGUGGAUAAGCACGGUCCUGUUCAACAAGUUUAUGAUUUUGUCGAUGCCAUUUUUCUAGCCGAUGGAGAAACUAGAAGCUAUUUCUUGUCAUUGAGUUAUCCAGUAAAGCCAAUUAAUGACAAAGUGCAAACCAUACUGGACGCAAAGCUCGUUCAUUCGGUUGUGAUUCAAAGAUGGAAGUGA